AUGCGCACCUCCAUCGUCGCAUCCAUACUUUCCCUCCCACUCGCCCUCGCUGAACAAGCAGUCCUCACCUCCACCAAACGCGGCCUUGUCUACGUCGAGACCGAGAAUAAGAAAGAUGAUCACUUCUGGACCUCUGCCUCGGACAUAAGAUGGUACUACAAUUACGAGUCAGAGCCGACCAGCCAACUCAACAACAAGCUCGAAUUCGUGCCAAUGCUUUGGGGCGCGGGCAGCGAUAGCAAUUUCUACACAACAGUCAAGGACCUCAAGGAUGGAGGGAUGAACGUCUCCUACGUCCUCGCCUUCGACGAACCAGAUGGGUGUGGACAGGUCUAUGGCGGAAGCUGUGUAGACGCGCAGACUGCGGCCGAAAUGUGGAAACAGCAGAUCGAGCCAUUGAAGGACUUGGGUAUCAAGCUUGGUGGUCCUACUGUCACAUCUGCGCCGACGGGGUUCACGUGGUUACAGAACUUCUUCAUGCAAUGUGCUGGAGGAUGCUCAGUGGACUUCUUGCCUGUGCAUUACUAUGGAGACUUCCAAGGGUUGGCGAGCCAUAUUGGACAGGUCAAUGCCACAUACCAGAAUAUCUCGACAAUGUGGGUGACGGAGUAUGGACUCCCGAACCAGGAUCUCGAAGUCGCGCAGGACUUUUACAACCAGAGCAGUGCUUUCUUGAACCGUGUGCCAUAUAUCCAGCGAUACUCGUACUUUGGAUCUUUCCGGUCGGAUGUAUCGAAUGUCGGACCCAACGCCGCAAUGCUCACGCAAAAGGGCGAGUUGACGGAUAUCGGUGCUUGGUACUUGGGCGAUGCCGUUGCUGCGACUGGUAACAUUCCAAAGGGCGAUGCUGUGCAAUUAGCGAAGUUUGCAGGGUGGAUGAUGAUGGUUGUUGCUGUGUCGUUCUACUGCAUCGCAUAG